AUGGCAAUUUCAAUAGUAACAACAGCGUCUGGUGCAUCUUGGCAGGAGGUCGCCAAAGAUAGGCAAAGACACCGUGAUGAGACCAUCGCAGCUGUCCAGCCAGCUAUCCCGGAUAUCACUAACAUUCCAUUGAACACAUUAUCAGUUGCGAGACAAGUACUCACACCUGAUGAAAUCAAAAUUACUGAAGCUAAAGUCGAAGAUUUGUUGACUAAACUUGCAAAAGGGGAGUUAAGUUCAACCGAGGUCACGAACGCAUUCUUGAGAAGAGCCGGAUUGGCACAAAAAGUGCAAGCCCUUUCUCGUGCGAAAUACCUAGAUGAGUAUCUCAAAACGAAUGGAAAGACUCUUGGUCCCCUUCACGGCUUACCGAUAAGCGUAAAAGAACAUCUUGGGAUCAAAGAUUUGGAUCAUAAUGCCGGAUUUGUUGCUUGGGUUGGCAAGACAAGUCCAAGCAAUGCACAUAUUGUGGAGAUUCUAUUGAAUGCAGGUGCAGUUUUAUAUGCUAGGACCACACAACCGCAGACCCUAAUGCAUUUGGAGACGAGUAACAACAUAUACGGAGUGACUGUAAACCCUUUUAAUACUACCUUGACUUGUGGCGGCUCUUCUGGAGGUGAAGGAGCGUUGAUUGGGUUCAGAGGUUCAUGUCUUGGUAUUGGAACUGAUAUUGGUGGUUCAAUUCGUUCACCAGCAGCAAACAACGGUAAUAGACUGAGUGAAGUAGUUGAAUGGAAACUCGCUUACAUUUAUACAGGCUUGUAUGGCAUGAAGCCAACAACACGUCGGCUACCAGUAGAGGGAUGGGCUGCAACGAUGGCUGGUUCCGAACACAUCCUUGGCACAAUCGGACCAUUAUCAACAAGCUUGGAAGGCUGCAAAGUCUUCAUUAAAACGCUUAUUGAUGCGAAACCUUGGUAUAAAGAACCCUCUCUUUUGCCUUUUCCUUGGAAAGAAGAAGAUUUCUUUUCUGGUAAGAAACUGAAGGUUGCCAUUUUGUGGGAUGAUGGAGUUGUCAAACCACAUCCGCCAGUUACUAGAGCAUUACAGCAAGUUGUGGACAAGCUCAAAACAAAUGACAAUAUUGAGGUGGUUGAGUGGAAGCCGUACAAGCAUGAUCUCGCUUGGGAUAUAAUUGCCAAUCUAUAUUUCGCGGAUGGUGGAGAGCAAGAACUCGAUGCGAUCAAAGAAUCCGGAGAGCCGCUGCGACCUCUCACUGAGCACAUCAUCACUCAAAACCAGAACGUACAAUCACACAGCAUUGCCUCCAUGUGGAACUCCCAAGUAGAAAGAGACAACUAUCGUACUGAGUAUGCAAACAUUUGGAACGAAACAGCGACUUCGAAGACACCGAAUGGUGGGCUAGAAGGAAUGGUAGACGUCAUAUUGUCUCCAGUUGGACCAGGGAGUGCGCCAAAACUAGAUACCGCAAAAUGGUGGGGAUACACCUCGCAAUGGAAUCUGUUAGAUUAUCCGGCCAUAAUAUUUCCAGUGGAUAAGGUCGACGUCACAAAAGAUAACGCCAAAGAGACGUACACACCGAGAAAUGACAAGGACAAGUACAACUGGGAUUUAUGGGAACAAUAUAGAGCUGAAGGCUAUAAGGACGCACCUGUUAGCUUGCAGCUGAUUGGUAGACGGUACGAGGAGGAGAAGGUUAUCCAGGCGUUAGAAAUCAUUCAAGGGCAAACCGGAUUACCAUUUGUUGAAUACAUUUGA